CGCAGGAGCAAUUCCGGCAAUCGACAGCUAUUGAACCACGGCUAAAAGCGGCGGCAAGCUCCAAUAGACUCCGAGAUCUCUGGUUUCGCGUGUAAAAACAUAUUAACAUCAUUUCAAUAAAACCCACAACCAUCUAAGGCUCUUGUACAUAUGAUAGCUGCAGAUGCAUUUGCAGAAAAGCAAAGUACUGACCAUGUCAGCCAUGAUGUCAGCACCAUCGAACAACUUGACAUCAAAGAAAACGACCAAGCAGCCAGCCAUUCUCCACAAUAUAAAACCAUCCACUUUAAAGCCAGCAAAGCAACCCUUAAUCGAAGAAACACUGUGUCACUUGCAGAUUUAAUCCCUGCUGCUGCUGCAGCCCUUAAUACUGGCACCAACUCUCAGGUGACAUCUGAAGCAAGUUCGCUAUCGAGGGCUUUGACUAGAGUGAAAACUCAGAUGCGGACUCAGCGACUAAAGCAAUCGUACCUUGGCAAAGAAUGGAUACGACUGGCUCUAUGGCUACCUGUGGAUGAAAGCAAGAUCAAUUGCUGGCGAAAGCCGCUCUACCUAAGGGAAAAGGAUGAGGAAGAAGAGGUCAUCAUCAUGGAGAAGUCUACACAUGGACACCGCAACGAAGUGAGACUCGCCAAUCGUAUGGGUCGAACGUUUGAAAUCGCCACAUGGUACGAAUGGAAACGCAAUCCGUCCUUGUUUGGUAUGGAGCAAGUAGAGAAAAAGGUCGAGCGACUACGAAGCAUUAAAUUGGAUACCCUACAUGCUGAUGAGCUGUCAAACAAUAUAGAAUAACACCUUUUCACAGCCUGAUAGGUCCAAAUACCAUGGAUUCCCAACCAAUGCAUCACACAUUUCUACUUUUUGGAUUCU